AAGUCAUCAUUUCAUUUCAUUCAUCCAUCAUAAUUAUUUUUCAUUUUUUUUCGUUUGUUAUUUUUUCAGUGAAUUUUAUCAAUAUAUAGUCAUCAUGCAUCUCAAGCUUGCAUUAUUCGUUAUUGUUGCCGCUUUGGAAUUGGCUUCAUCACAGCCUGUUUCACAACAAUUAUCACCAGCAUUACAAUUUAAACAAAAUCAAUUACCAGCUGGCCAAUUUUUACCUGCACGUAAACCAGCGAUUCGUUCGCCAACUAAAUCACAACAAGCCGCUGCUCGUGCUUUGGCUCCAGUAAUCAGUGCUGUUAUUACACGUCAUACACAAGAAGUUGUCGAUGUUCCAGUCGAUGAUGUUAGCCAGGCAGCACCACAAAUCGUUAUCGUUGAACCACAUCUCCAACCAGUGACGAUUGAAUUCCGAUCACGAUCAAGUCCAGUGAAAAUUAAUACCGUCCAUCAACCUGGUGAAAAAGGACAAGUUCAACAAACAAGAAGUGAAGAAGAACCAGAUCGCAUUAUUCAUGAAGUUGUUAAACCAGUUAUCCAAGAAAUUCGUGAAAUUAUUCAACCAUUCCGUAAAAUCACUCAACAGAUUCUUCCAGUACAAGAAGAAGUCCAUAGUAUCUUAUCGAAAGGCGAAAAACGAUCGGAAAUUGAACAAGUUACCGAUGAUGCUGCAUUGGCUGGUGCCACACCGGAAGAACCAGUCGAACAAGCUGCUAUUCAAAGUGGUGGGCGUUCUGCUGCUCCAGCUCCAUCAGCUGUUCCAACUAUUUCAACAUUUCAAUUUCAACCGCAAGCACAACCAGCAUUCAUUAGUGCACCAUUAGUACCGCAACCACCACAAAAUACCGUUGUACAAGCUGGAUUAGUCGGGGGUACACGAAUCUUACCAGCCAGUGAAGCUGUUUAUGAACAACAACGUGAAGUUGUAUCAGCCAUUGCUGCACCAGGUGGUUUGAAAAAGAAACGUUCGGCUAACAUUUUCCGAUUUGAUCUUCCAUAGAAACAACCAAAACGACGACGAUGAUAAUUGAAAACAAACGAAACCCUAAAAAACUUAUUAUCCUCACCCAUUUUCGAAUCAAACCAAUUUUUAUUAUGCCAAAUGAAAUUUAGUUCCCGGUUUCCGAUUGAAAAAGGUGAUAAAAUUAUCGGUUUUUAAUUGAAUGUUAUCAAACACACAAACAAAUACACACAUACACUGCCAUCAUUAUGUAAUGAUUUAUCGUCCAAAGACCUUUUUAUUAUUUUUAUUAGAGAAUCUAGAUGAUUGAUUGAUAUGGAAACAAACACAUGCACACGUACAUUUUGAAAUAUUGAUCCAAUGAAAAAUCUACAAAUCAAUACCUUGAAAAUGCUCUAUACGUUUUUUUAUUAUUGAAAAAAUUGAAAAAUUUUA